AGUCGACACACUCACCUCACAUAUCACAGAUACUCUCCGAUGGCAGCCGUCUGAAAACACCAGGACGCCAGCAAUUAGAAGUUCUGAUUAGGACUACCCGAUGGCAUCCUUGGAUGAAGAACUGACCUGCUUGGUGUGCAGAGACAGCUUCAGUCAGGCCCACCCCCUACCCUGUGGACACAGCUUUUGUCCCGCUUGCAUUCGUGAGGCCUGGAGCAGCCAGAAGGAAGGAAAACAUUGCUUUACCUGCCCUCAGUGUCAGGAGGAGCAUGGAGAAGUGCCAUGCGACUGCUGUCCUCCCCAGGCAGAAGACGGGCGACCCGCUCUGGCUGUGAAGACCUGCUUGAGGUGUGAGGUGUCCCUGUGUGCUGGCCACCUCCAGCCCCACCUGGAGAGACCGGCGUUUAGCAGCCACCUGUUGGUGGAGCCAGUGGGGGACCUGUCCCAGAGAAGGUGUCCGGCACACUCAGAGGUGUACCGCUACUACUGCGUGGAUGAGAGGGUGUACGUGUGCGGAGACUGCCUGCUGGAGGGGGGCCACGUUCAGCACAAAGUGAAGGCACUGAGACAGGUGGAAGAGGACCUGAAGGUCAUCCUUCAGACACUGCUCAUCAAAGCAGACACCAAACUCAGAGACGGGGAAAGAAUCCUCAGAGAGCAUGAAAACACUGAUUCUGCCAUGGCCGACUCUCUGAAGAAGGACGACAGUCAGGUGGAGCGGCUGGACUCAGACCUGCAGAACCAGGUAACAAAGUUAGCAUUAGCUCUGAAAGAGAUCACCAAGAGGGAGCGACAGCAGAUCAUAGAGCGCGUGAACAAAGACUGCGCCAAAGUUCGGGCCGACAUGAGCCAGACGAUGAACAUUCAGCACUACCUGAACCUGCUGCUGGCCGAGACGGACCCCUUCCUGCUCAUCUGGGCAUUUCAAUCAGAUGAUACAAAAUUAUUAGCUGACCUGAACUGCUCCCUUUUCGUUCCUGACCCCAUCAGUCUGGACAGGAAACACAUCCUGGAAGACAUAGAGAACAAAUACCGAGAGUUCAUCACCGCCACGCUCCGCUGCCUCACCGAACUCAAGAGGGAUCUCUUGACCAGUCCUCUGACUCUGGACACAAACUCUGCUCAUCCUCUGCUCAGCAUCUCUGAUGACUUACGCUCCGUCACACGAGUUAAAAGCCGCCUACCCUGCUCUGCUCAUACAGAGCGCUUUGACCACUGGCCUCAGGUCCUCACAGUCCAAACCUUCUCCUCUGGGACUCACUACUGGGAGCUAGAGGCUGAAGGAUUCUGGGAUGUCGCUGUCUGCUAUCGAAGCAUUGGAAGGAAGGGGAAAGAAGGCAACGCGUUUGGAAACAACAAGGUUUACAGACGUUUCAUAUUUCUGUCGUCUGUGCAAUACCCCCUUCACUAA